AUGGACAAAGAACAGCAAUACGAACGUGUAUUCAGACAUCUGGACAAGAAUGGUGACGGGAAGCUAUCACCACCGGAGCUCCAAAUUUGCAUGGGGAAGAUUGGUGAGGAGUUGUCAUUGGAGGAGGCGGAGAUUGUAGCUGAGUUAAUAGACUCAGAUGGUGAUGGAUUUUUGAGCUUUGAUGACUUGGUUAAAAUGGUGGAAGGUGCAAAUGAAGAAGAAAAGGCGAAUGAUUUGAAGAUGGCGUUUCGAAUGUAUGAAGAAGUUGAGGGGUGUGGUUGUAUAACGCCCAAGAGUUUGAGGAGGAUGCUUAGCAAACUAGGAGAGUCGAGAAGUGUGGAUGAAUGUAAGUUGAUGAUCGCCAAGUUCGACCUCGAUGGCAACGGGUUCCUUGAUUUCGGCGAGUUUCAGGACUUGAUGUCAUGA